AUGGGAGAUAAAUAUUACUUUUCGAAAAUUCAACUGUUUGACUCUGACGAAAUCGUCACUCCUUCUUUAAAAAGAAAAAUUGAUCGAAAGAAAAGAAAGAAACUGGACAAAUUGGAACAGAACGGCAUAUUGAUCGGCAAAGAUCCAACAAAACUUCUGCGAAAAGCUAAAAAACUUGAGAACAUUCAGAACGAAGAUCCAAGUCAGACGAUUCGCAGAAAAUGGUCCAUCGCAAUGCUACGUGCCCAAGGUGUGAAGGUUAAGGAUGACUUAUCCCUGAUAAAAAAGUCGGCAGACAAGGUACGAAAAAUCAAAUUGAAGCGACGGAAUAAAUGGGUCGAGCGCAAAGAACAAGUGAAGCAACAACAGGAGGAAAGGCAAUCUAAACGUGAAGCAAACAUACAAAAGAGGAAAAACCAAAGAUUAGUCAAGAAAUUACGAAGGGCCAAAAAUAGAGGACGAGUAUUCAAUUUAGAUUAA